UGCACAAUGAUUACUUGGAAAUUUGCCAGCAUACUAAACACGCAUGCUUAAUUGGCAUCUUGCACCCAGCAGAUGUGGGGAACAAUUACAUCUUCAAUUCCAUUCCACACCCCAAAAAAGAAAAGAAAAAGUGAAAAAGAGGUCCAAAUAAAACCUAUGGAAUUGUCCCCUCCUGUUCUUUGAUGCUAUUUAGUCCUGCCCCUCCUCAGGGCCAAAACUGCCACUUUCUUCUGCCCCCUCCUGGUGCUCUCCCUCCACAGUUGCACUACCACUAGACACUCCUGCACACCCUUCUCUUUCCUCCUCCUCACUUCCUCUUCAUAUUCUCCUGCCUACUCUCGCCUCCUUCCAUCUCCAUCUAGCUUCCCCUCUAUCUCUGCUCAGCCAUGGCGGCUGGUGAAGAAGGGCCAGAGCCACUCAGGUAUCAGACUUUGGCUUUGAAGGUGAGCAUCCACUGUGAGGGCUGCAAGAAGAAGGUCAAGAAGGUGCUACACAGCAUAGAAGGGGUGUACAAGACGGACAUAGACAUGCAGCAGCAGAAGGUGGUGGUCAUCGGCAACGUCUCCGCCGACGCGCUCGUCAAGAAGCUCCUCAAGACCGGCAAGCACGCCGAGCCGUGGCCGGAGCUCGCUCCUCCGGGCGCCGAGGGCCCGCCGGGUGGCGCCCCCGGCAGCGGCGGCAAGAAGAAGAAGAAGAAGAGCAAGAGCAAGAACCCCGCAAACAACAAGCCCGCAGAGCCGGCGCCUGCGCCGGCGGAGGGCGGGAGCGGCGGCGGCCCCAGCCCCCCGGAGAAGCACGACCACGCGGGCUCGUGCGAUGAGGAGUCCGAUGGCGAGCACGACAAGCCUGAGGGCGGCGUUGCCGGCGGCGGCAACGGCUCCCCUGACGCCGGGGACGCGCACGAUGGCGGUGCCGACAAGGUGGUCCCUUUCGCCAUGACGCCGCACGGCACGCAGCCCAUCGCGCCCGCCGCCAACGGCAGUGGCGGCGGCGGCGGCGGCGCGAAGAAGAAAGGCAAGAAAGGCGGCAACGGCAACGGCAAUGCCAAUGCGAACGGAGACGGCGCCGGUGAAAUAGUAGAGGUCCAAACGCCGGACGCGCCCAUGAAGCCCGUCGCUGGCAACGCCGGACCUCUCGCCGUCGUCGACGCCGGACCGUACCCACCACCGCCGGCCGCGUUGAUGAGCUACCCGGGGUACCACGCCGCCGGGGGCCACUCGCCGGCUUACGUCAUGAGCUACUACAGCACGGCGCACCCGAGCUCGGCGCUCCGGAGCAGCGCAUACUACCACCCGAUGGUCGGCGCGUCCUACACAGCAGGCGGCGGCGGCGGGUACUUCUACUCGACGGCGCCGGUGUCGGCGGCGCCGGGGUCGUACUACAUGUUCAGCGAGGAGAACGCCAACGCCUGCAGCGUCAUGUGAGAGGAUUAAUCAGUUAAUUGAAUUAGUUAAUUACGAAGCUGCAGGCCUAGUGUGUGAUCCUCCUGUUGUAGCCAAACCAAGGACUGGUUAACGUUUUCAUGUGUCUGAAGAUAUAAAUUUUAAAUGUGUUAGUAUUGUGAA